AUGAUGAUAAAUUCUACUCAGGUUUCAUAUUUCACUUUCACCGCCUACUUUGACAUCGGGCUGUUUAAAUACUUAUUUUUUAUUAUCAUCAUGUCUUUAUACGUGUUAAUUGUCUGUGCUAAUCUUUUUAUGGUGGUGGUUAUCUGUAGUAACAGAAGCUUAUAUGAACCUAUGUACCUUUUUCUGUGCAGCCUGUUUGUAAAUGAACUGAAUGGUAGUACAGGGUUGUUUCCAUUCUUUCUGGUUCAGAUCAUCUCUGACAUUCACACUGUUGCUGCUCCGCUCUGCUUCCUGCAGAUUUUCUGUUUGUAUAUUUACGCAAAUGUGCAGUUUUAUAAUCUAGCCGUCAUGUCUUACGACAGAUAUCUGGCCAUCUGUUGUCCUCUGCAGUAUAACACACGUAUGACACAUAACAAGGUGGCCAUGCUGAUCGCUCUAACGUGGUUAUUCCCUCUUCUGAAUAUUAUUGUGAUGAUGUCGCUGAGCACCUCUCUACAGCUGUGCGGGAACAUCAUCAACAGGUUGUACUGUGAUAACUACUCCAUAGUGAAGCUCUCCUGUUCUGACACCACAGUCAACAACAUCUAUGGACUCAGUUAUGUGUUCACUGUGUUAAUCGUUCUGGCUGUUCUGAUAUGUUACUCGUACAUGAGGAUCCUUAAAGUGUGUUAUUCAGGUAGUAAACAGACCAGACAGAAAGCCUUCAGUACCUGCACACCUCACCUCGCUUCUCUGCUCAACUUCUCCUUCGGCUGUUUCUUUGAAGUAAUUCAAGGCAGGUUAAACAUGAACGGUGCACCCGUUAUGUUGCGCAUUUUUUUAUCCUUGUACUUCCUCACCUGCCAGCCGCUCUUCAACCCUCUAAUAUACGGACUGAACCUGACAAAAAUACGCAUCAUAUGUAAAAGUCUGGUCUUCGGUAAGAUGUAG